ACAUUCUCAAAACUCAUCUCUACGACUGUUUCCUGUAAAAUCACAGCGAAAAUGGGUCGGGACCUUCAAAAACGCAAGCGUCGGUCUUCAAGGCCGACCAUAAGACAGUCCAAUCAACCCAAGAAGCCCCUCAACCCAAGGGGCAACAGCCUGAUCGCUAAGAAUUGGAACAAGAAUGAAACUCUCUCCCAAAACUAUCGCCGCCUCGGCCUCACCGCAAGGCUAGGGAAAGCCACCGGAGGCAUCGAACAGCAUCCGUCCUCCACCACGUCCACCGCCCGGGCACAAGACCCCCUCGCCGUGACGCCCGCGGACGGGAUGCGCACGGCGAUCCAGUCCGUCAAGGUCGAGCGAGAUGCAGACGGUAACAUCGUGCGGGUGCUGCGCAAGGACAACCCGCUGAACGAUCCCCUCAACGACCUGGAGUCGGACUCGGAGGACGAAGAACAAGCAGAUGUGGCUGCCUCGAAACAACAGAAGGAGAACACCACCGCCCGCAGCAGCGGAGAGACCAAGGUCGUCGAUCUCCUCGAGCAGCAGGCCAACAUGCCGACCGAGAAACACAUCCGCCACCAGUCUGCGCGCGAGAGGGAGUGGAUCGAGAGGCUGCUCGCCAAGCACGGCGACGACACGGCUGCGAUGGCCCGGGAUGCCAAGUUGAAUCCCAUGCAGCAGACCGCUGCUGAGAUCAAGAGAAAGAUCAAGACGUACAAGGGACAGUAG